AUGCGUGCCAACCCCAACUACAUGACCAGCCUCGGGUACUUCCCCCUCCACCGAACUGCCCAGACAUUCUCCGCCGACAUGGUUAAGAUACUACUCCGCCAUGGUGCAUUGGCUAAUCUACGCACCUCAGGUGAAAGAAUCAUCGAGGGCCUCCUGCCACUCCAUGUUGCCAUCGAGGACACUUGCCAGCAUAAGUAUCUGGAGGAUAAUCUAUUAGCUGACGAGAGCUACAGGAAGGGGUAUGUCGAGUACAUCUACAAGCUCAUACAUCUGCUUUGCCUGCCUGAGAUGAAGAUCUUCUUGGACACCAUUAGAUUGCUUGCAGCUCACACGGAUAAUGUUGUCGAUGAGCUCUGGAAUUACAUCGAGCAUGGGGAGAUUGUCCCUGCAGCUAUUCUUCUCCUUGCAGCUCAAAGGCGAUUCCGUAAGCUCAAUGGUUUUGAUACGAUCAAGAACCGUAUUGAUGAUUCUAUAUUCUCCAUGAUAAGGGAGGGGUGUGGAUUGCAAAUUGGUAAAUAUACCAAGGCAGCAAAGCAGCGGAAGGAGAAGGAAUUACGUUUCUAUAAUGCAUUAUUCCUUGUUAGGAUACUUCUGAAAUCUGGGGAAGCUCUUGAUGCAUAUAUUCAAACUCAUUCAGAGGCAUCAUCAUAUCAGGAGGUCCAUGGAAAAGUUUCAGCAAUUCUUCAGAAUUAUGAUGUUGGUCCUCUUGGAAAAGGAAUUUGCGUUGAAGAGCUUAAAUGGUUCGAUUUUUUCUUGCCUUCUGCUUCUAUGGUAGCUAUUCGUUUGUACAUAUCAUGA